GCCCAUGCAGAAAAAGACUACUGGCACUCUGUACUGUGUAUUGAUGAGACCAAGAUAAAUGUUUUUGGAACGGAUAGCUUCAAAACUGUAUGGCGUCACAAAGGUGAGCAGUACAAAGAAAAUUGCAUGGUGACUACAGUGAAACCUGGUGAUGGCAGUGUCCUUUUGUGGGACUGCAUGACUGCUGUUGGUGUCGUGAAGCUGCAUUUCAUUGAUGGUAUAAAUUCACAGAUGUACUGCUCUAUAUUGAAAGAGAAUUUUUCCAACAUGACAAUGAUCCAAAACACACAUCUAAGGCCACUGUUGCAUUUCUGA